GCCAUCUGCGCUGGCCAUUGCGCCUGCGCCUGCGCAGUCGGAGUACGGAGGCGAAACGCCGGCCACUGGGUCCGAUUCACCUGGGGCUGCGGAGGUUGAGGAGUCUGAGGCCGAGGCCGAUCCGGGGCAAGAGCCGCCAUGAGCCGCAGCUACAAUGACGAGCUUCAGUACCUGGACAAGAUCCACAAGAACUGCUGGAGGAUCAAGAAGGGCUUCGUGCCCAACAUGCAGGUGGAAGGAGUAUUCUAUGUGAAUGAUCCCCUUGAGAAGCUAAUGUUUGAGGAGCUAAGAAAUGCCUGCCGAGGUGGGGGUGUGGGGGGCUUCCUGCCAGCAAUGAAACAGAUCGGCAACGUGGCAGCCUUACCUGGGAUCGUCCAUAGAUCGAUCGGGCUUCCUGAUGUCCAUUCUGGCUAUGGAUUUGCAAUUGGGAACAUGGCUGCCUUUGAUAUGAGUGACCCAGAAGCCGUGGUGUCCCCAGGUGGCGUCGGCUUUGACAUCAACUGUGGUGUCCGCCUGCUGAGAACCAACCUUGAUGAGAGUGACGUCCAGCCUGUGAAGGAACAACUCGCCCAGGCCAUGUUUGACCACAUUCCUGUUGGGGUUGGAUCCAAAGGAGUUAUCCCAAUGAAUGCCAAGGACUUAGAGGAGGCUCUGGAGAUGGGGGUAGACUGGUCUCUACGAGAAGGCUACGCCUGGGCUGAGGACAAGGAGCACUGUGAGGAGUACGGGCGGAUGUUGCAAGCUGACCCCAACAAGGUCUCCGCCAGAGCGAAAAAGAGAGGACUUCCCCAGCUUGGGACGCUGGGAGCAGGAAAUCAUUAUGCCGAAAUCCAGGUUGUGGAUGAGAUUUUUAAUGAGUACGCUGCUAAGAAGAUGGGCAUUGAUCACAAGGGACAGGUGUGUGUGAUGAUCCACAGUGGCAGCAGAGGCCUGGGCCAUCAAGUAGCUACAGAUGCACUGGUGGCUAUGGAAAAAGCUAUGAAGAGAGACAAGAUUAUUGUGAAUGACCGCCAGUUAGCAUGUGCACGGAUCAGCUCCCCUGAGGGACAGGACUACCUGAAGGGGAUGGCAGCUGCUGGAAACUACGCCUGGGUCAACCGCUCCUCCAUGACAUUCUUGACGCGACAGGCUUUUGCCAAGGUCUUCAACACGACCCCUGAUGACCUGGACCUCCAUGUGAUCUAUGACGUCUCACACAACAUUGCCAAAGUGGAGCAGCAUGUGGUGGAUGGUAAAGAACGGACCCUGCUGGUGCACAGGAAGGGCUCCACCCGGGCCUUCCCGCCACACCACCCCCUCAUUGCUGUGGACUACCAGCUGACCGGACAGCCCGUCCUCAUUGGGGGAACCAUGGGAACUUGUAGCUAUGUUCUUACUGGGACCGAGCAGGGCAUGACUGAGACCUUUGGAACAACCUGCCACGGAGCCGGUCGUGCGUUGUCCCGAGCAAAAUCUCGCCGGAACUUGGACUUCCAGGAUGUUUUAGAUAAACUGGCCGACAUGGGCAUCGCCAUUCGGGUCGCUUCCCCUAAACUGGUGAUGGAGGAGGCUCCUGAGUCAUAUAAAAACGUGACAGAUGUUGUGAAUACCUGUCAUGAUGCUGGGAUCAGCAAAAAAGCAAUUAAACUGAGACCCAUUGCAGUUAUCAAAGGCUAACGUCCCAACUGGGCUCAGCUGAGACCAGUGACGUGACGUGACAUGACCAAACCUGACCCAGACGUGGAUUCUCGAGCUCUUCCGACACCAAAUUUACUGACCUACCUGAUUCAAAGUGUGCUUGGCACAUUUCUCAUUCCAAACUGACUGAUCCAGCGUGGCAAAGAACCACCACUAGAAGGGCCACGCUGUCUCAUUCAAAGAGGAAUAAAUGACUGUGCGACAGUCACUAGUUAUGCCUGGCCUGGUCCCACCAUCAGAGUGCUUAAAAAGAAGGCCUGUCUUAAUGCUGAGUUUUCUUCCCAAUCUGAUAGAUGCUCCGAGCAUUGGGACAUGCUGCUCCACGGGGGCUUCCUGGCCUAAGGGGUCUGCCAUCACUCCAACUCAGGGAAUACCCUGGCUGAAGAGUGACUUUUGCUUCCUUUGUUUUUUUUUUUUUUAAUCUUUUGGGGCGGGGGUGGGCCAGAGUAAGUCAUGGGGAGAGAAGUAGUGGUGGGAAAGAAAGGCCAUGUGUUUUAGUUUACCAUCGACAGGGCUUCCUUCCUUUUUCUAAAUACGAGGCAAAGUUUUGGGCAGUCUGAUGAUCCAAGACCUCAUGUAGAUGACAGAUGGCAUUCUUUAGGCACAUGUGUGUGUGUGUGCGCGUGUGUGCGCGCAUGUGUGUGUGUGUGCAUGCGUGCGUGUGUGUGCGUGUGCACACUCGAGCGCUCUCAGGUGAUAGUGGAUGUAGGUGCCCCACAGAACUCACGGUUAGGUGGGCGUGCACACAUUCAGUUACAUGCCUGUGACAUUAAGUUCUGGCAGGAGUAACUAGACAGGGCUACCCUCAUGGGUCUGAUCUUGUUGGUUCUGUAACUUACCAGGAGCUGACAAAAGCAUUCAUGGCGAGUGGAUGGCCUAGCACUGAGGCCUUAGUGGGUCUGAACAGCCAGGAAAGGUGGCACGGUCAUGACACUACUCUCGCUUAUUUAUACUCUUAUCAGAACUGUAGAGAAUGUGCUUAGAAAGAAGAUGAGCUAGCUCAUCCCCUUCUCUCUUGUAAUCUCAUGGGCAUGCUUUUUCCAGAUUCUGUUCUCCGCAGUGGGGACCAGGGGCAUGCCUCUCAGGUGUGGGACAUGUUUAGAAGGAAUGCUUCUCUAUGCCAGUCCUUGGAAACAAACCUUUGUGUAGCUGGUAACCAACUAAGCCAUGAGCCACAGUGUAAUUGUUUUAGAUUACACAUGCCUUCGAACCAGACCCGCUCCCCUGGGCAGGGAUGGCAGACAGGAGCAGACCCACUGGUGGAUGCUGGAGGGCACGUCACAGUGAGAAGCCCAGCCUGGUGUGGCCAGAAUCACCAGUGUACAUCUUGGGGCUUGCCUAGCGGCUCAUGGUGUUGAAACUAAUUCAAAGCAGAAUCUUUGCUGUAGCUAACUGACGUCAGUUCAGGGAACAAUGGCUUAGUUCAUCUUAAUAACAUAAAAUUAACUUUUAUUAGACUUUCUGAAAUGUAUUUCUUUGAUGGUUUGUAGACAUGCUAUUUUUUUGGCCCAGUAGAGAAACUGUUCUCCCCUCCCUCGGCCUCCCCUGCCUUACUUGGGCCGUGUUUAGAUUAUUAGUUAAUAUUUGAAUUUGUAAAAGGAAAGGAGCCAGCAUUAAGGUUCACUCGUUCUAAAUAGUUUUUCUUUGCCAUUCAAAAAGCAUAUGACUUAAAAAUAAACGACCUGAAAAUGA